AUGUCACGACAGUCGCAGCAGCACGGGCCAUCUACUCCCGACUCGCCCUCCCCAGAUUCAGCCUCGAGGCCCAGCUCGUCGGGUAUUAACACGAACCCGGACAGAAUCACCGCGCACGGACCAACACCUGUAUCCGAAGGCCAAUCAUCCUCCCCGCAGUCUCCUCGCGGCCUCUCUUCCUCCUCCGAAGGCUAUCCGUCCUGGCUGCCCAAGCGUCCUCCCGGCCCAGUUCCCCACUCCACCAUCCAGUCCUCGGUUGCUGGCAUGUACAGCGAGGCGGGUCCCAGCCAUGAGCCCGUCAUGGUCGGCCGGAAGCCCACGCCACGUUCGGUGCGCAUCGUCUCUCUUCAGAGCCAAAUGGAGAAGGACACGCGUAGGGAGCCCACGGAGCAGUCGCGCGCAUUUUCCGGCGCUGGCCAUGCGCGUGCCUGGUCGCGCGCGACAAGCGCUGCCUUGACCCCGACCCUCUUCUCGUCCUCGGCGGGCGGCGAGGGCCAGCUCCCUCGGCCACGGUUCAAGUCUCCUACCCUCAACCUGGAGCUCGUCCGGAAUCCGUCAUGGCAGAUGCGCCUAUGGUACUAUCUCUUCCCCAUCUUCGUCUUCGCCCACGUCCCCCUUCAAACGUUUUUCGACUUCAACGCGGUCUUCAUCUUGCUGUCCGUCGCGAAGAAUCCCAAUCCCGAAGGUCCUGGUAUCCCUGGCUCUGGUCGCAACUGGGCACUUGGUGCGGCGGCCUACAUCGCUUGUUGGGUGGCAUGGGUCUUCGUGGUGGGUGUUGUUUACGAGCUCGUUUACAGCUUCGUCCGCCGGUGGCGAGUCAAACGCCCCUUGAUCCUCCCCAUUUACUUUUCAUCUCCGGCCUUCAACUUCGCCGCGAUGACUUCGUACCUGAAUUUUUGUUUCAUGUAUCACAUCCGCGCGUCCGCCUUCUUCGGCGAGCACGGAAGUGUCUUGGACGGUCUUGCCGAGACCUUCUACUUCUACUCCCAGAACUUGCCGACGGUUGCGUUGCUGCUGCCGCGUGCCGGGCUGUCCCUUGCUCUCCUCCUCGCUUUCUCCUCCCCCGAUCCCGUCGUCGUCGCGCUCGCGGAUGCUGGUGUCAGCCGCCGAGACGGCGCGUACUUCCGCGCUGAUGGCACGCUGACGGACUUUGCCCGCGGCGUGCUCAUUGCCAACGCUGCCUGGACGGCGUGGCGUGUUCUAGUCCUCUUGACGAGCUGGAUUGGACUCUGGCUGCUUAGCGGGCAGGCCUGCGCCGGUUUUUGCGGGCCGCGAUACCGAUGGGAAGAGGAAGAUGCCGAGAAAGCGGUGUCAGCGCUUACCGACGACGUCUCCGACUUGGACACUCUCCCCUGGUCGUGGAAGGAGUGCACGAUUUUACGCAUCAAGGACGCCUACGACUUCUGCCUCACGAACAAACCGGUGCGCCUGGCCAGCGACGGCGCCAAGGAGGGCAAGCCCGUCCGAGAGUCCCAAGAACCUGCGGUUGGGUAUGACGGCCUCGAACGCAUCUUCGCCGCCGUCGGCCUUCCGUCUUCCCCUGCUCCAGCGCGCCGCGGCAUCCUCUCGGACGAAUUGUUCGCAAGUCCUCGCCAGACGCCGGAGCUCGACGAAGCCGCCGCAGUUAAGGGGAAGGGUGUAGCGGUCCCGGAGCCCCUCUCCACUAGCCUCGUGCCCCCAACACCUGCGCUACUCCAGCAGCGCGAGAAGCAGGGCGCAGACCCGUCUGGGCCUUUGAUGAAGCUUCCUUAUCCUUUCACGGGCUACGGCGCGCAAAUCUCCAACGAGGACGUCGUCCCUUUCCCUCCCUCGCCUGCCAUCGACGACAAGGAUCUCGAAGCCGAGCAUGCCGUCGCCAGCCGCGCCACCAGCGGCACUCGCAGCGGAACUACGAGCGGUACGGGUGAGGAGUAUGCCGAGGGCGAGGAGGAUUUGGAGGAGAUGGAGGAAGAGGAAGAGAGCGAGAACCCGUCCUCCGAGCGACGAACCUCGGGGUCAAUGUCGAGCCUGGGCCGCCCUGUCACCUCCCGCUAUCCGUUCCAGUUCCGCAGGCCGCGAGGAAGUAUGUCUUCGGCUUCACAUAUGAGCCCGCAAUCGCGCUCGACACCGCGCUCGACGAACACGCGCUCGACGCAGUCGCGUUCGACGCGCCACUCGAGGUCGACCCAGUCGACUGGCAACCAAGAGAGCACCGACUACUCGCCACGCUCGAACGCGAGCUCGAACGUAAACUCGAGCUUCAGCGGGAGCGUCAUUCCUAUGCCCCCACGCCACCCGCAGGCUCAGCAAACUGGAAGAAGAGCCCGGGCCGGUACCGUCCCGGCGUCCCCCAGCUCUCCCUCUCCCGUCGCGUUCCCAGCUGGUCGCGCCCGCGCCCGCACUCGCACCGAGAGCGCAGCCACGGAGCCAAACACUACCUUCGGCCCGAUCCCGAUAGGCUCGUUCGAGUCCGGGGACGAUGACGACGAUGACGACAUCGACACGCACCACGACAUCCAGGACGAGUCGCUCGUCGAGGUUCCCGAGGGCGACGGCUCGAGCGAAGAGGCAGAGCGCCAAGACAGCGUCGGCCUGCUUUCCAACGCCCCGAGCCCCCGCACCUCGCUCGCCAACCUCCGCCAGCGCGCGAGCGCCCUUGCACUCCACCGCCGCGCGAACGGCUCUCGCUCGCAGUCGUCCGGCUCGCAGCCACGCUCGCGCAGCAACUCGGCCCACACGCGUUCGCGCACCAACUCCGGCACAUCGCUCUCUUCCGCCACCCGCUCGCGCGCCCAGUCGCUCAUCCACUCCCUGGGGGCAGCCUCGCGCUCGUCCGUCGACCUGGUCGAGCGCGUCCGGCUUCGCACGAACUCGCUCGGCCAGCGCCUCUCGGACUCGCCGUACGCGUCCACGUCGUCCGAGGCGAUACUCUCCAGCCCCGAGAACCACACUUUCGGCCACCCGCUCCGCGAGGAGUGGCGCGCGGAGGAGGGCGUCGACAACAUGUCGGACAUCGCCGAGGGCGAGAGCGCGACGCGUGUGGCUGGACCGGACCCCCACGCCAACCCGGAUGUCGAGCCGGAGGAGUCCACGGCGCAGCCCCCACAGACACUGCACCCUGCGCGAUCGACGCUCUCGGAGCAUCCCUCGGAGAUCAGCGCAGUGACGGAACGCGAGGGCGUGCCCAUCACGGGCGCGCCAUCUGCGAACGUGCCGCAGACGCAGACGCAGGAUGCGGGGCUGCUGGGCGUGCCGCACCAGCCGAGCAUGGCGGACAUCAGCACCGCGCCGCAGUCGUUCAUCACGACGCCGUCGACGCGCGAGGACACGACGAGCUCGUCCGGGCGCACGCAGCGGACGUUCGCGACGAUGGAGCACUACACGCACGGCGCGGACUGGCACCCGGUCUGA